CGGAUUGAGUCGUCGGCCAGCCGUCGUUCUCUUCCCUUCUUUCUUAGCGCCGAAGACACGCGCGGAUCCCCCCCGCGUGCCUUGCGCAUCGAUCUAGCGCUCCUCCAAGUCCAAUCCGACCCAUCCUUGCUCACGAAGGCUACAAGCCUAGAAGAGCCUUCCUCUCCGGCGCCUUCUCCUCCGGAUCCCAACUGACUCCGCAGACCAACCGGAUCGAUGGAGGCGAAGAUGGGGCGCUUCUUCGAGUCCGUGGGCAACUUCUUCACCGGCGGCGACAACAUCCCCUGGUGCGACCGCGACAUCAUCGCGGGAUGUGAAAGAGAGCUUGCUGAUGCUUCAACUGAAGGGCAGAGGAAUGAUAGCCUUAUGAGGCUAUCUUGGGCCCUUGUGCACUCCAGGCAGACGGACGAUGUAAACCGUGGAAUUAGCAUGCUUGAAGCUUCUUUGGAUAACUCCGGCAGUCCUCUGCAGACUAGGGAAAAGCUGUACUUGUUGGCUGUUGGGCACUACAGGAAUGGUGACUACUCAAAAAGCCGGCAACUUGUGGAACGCUGUUUGGAGAUUCAACCUGAUUGGAGGCAGGCCAUUUCUCUGAAGAAGGCAAUAGAAGAUAAAAUUGCCAAAGAUGGUCUUAUUGGGAUAGGAAUAGCGACAACUGCUGUGGGACUUCUGGUUGGUGGAAUUGCAGCUGCUGUUGCUGAUAGAGCUGGAGUGCCCGAUCUUUCGGUGAGAGGGAUAACUUCGAUUUGUGGAGGAGGUGACUCUUGCGAUCCGACUACAAACGAACAGGUCGUGGCGCCUUAGCAAUCGCUGAACCAACUCCAAAUGGUUAUUGACCUUGCUGAUGGCAAGAUCAACCUGAACACGAGGUUCUAUUCCCGCAAGCAAUCGAAGAACAAGCAAGAACAAGAUGAAGGCACAACUGAAUAUCAAUCACUCACGAAUUGGGGUUCACAAUGGCUGUCCACAGGUGGCUGCUGAGCACAACUGCAGUACAGGACGUUUGCACAAUGGCUAAACUUAUCAAAGAAAACCCGCCAAACCAAGGGGGCGUGAGCAGGACUAAAUAGGAGAAAGGUGGGGAGGGAAUUUCGUCCAGCAUGAAUCUUUGGCUGAAAUCCCCACCUAACCUUUCUAAAAUAGCUACGUAUUACAUGGAAACAAUCUUUCCAAAAGAUAGGUGGCGCAGCACCCUUUAUUAGCUUCCAUAGAUGGCGUUCAGGUUGUCAUUCCUGGACAGAAUCUUCUUCUUCAUUCCUUAAAAGGAUCACAUAAUUUAGGUCACGUGCACGGGCUCGCGUUAUUGGACCUUGAAACGUUUCUGGACUUGGUGUAGUGGGAAGUGACGUUGGUGCUGGUUCCGUUGGAGUAGUAGGUCCUGUGUAGGGGUUGAUGUCCUCAUCAUCCUCCCCUUCUUGAAUCGAAGUCGUCCUCGACGGUAUCUGCUCGUUCUCGCCCGCA